AUGGGAAAUUGUACACUAAAAGGUGUUGCUGCAGCUGAAGCUGCAGCUCCCAACUCUUCUAUCCGGAUUAUGACAGAUUCUGGUGAAAUCAUAGAGUUCAAAGCCCCUAAAAUUGUUGGAGAAGUCCUCAAUGACUUCCCCGGCUAUGGAAUUUUUGGGUCAAGCCACGUAUCAUCGCCAUUACUCAACCACGAAAAGCUUCAUUUUGAGAAAUUUUACUAUCUCUUCCCACUCGGAGAAAAGGAUACAUUGGCUCAGCACAAUGAAUCAGUAAAAGAAGCCGAACCAGUAAGGAUGUCGACCAGUGCAGCUGCUGUGGAGGUCUUGCCACCACCACAAAAGGGUGUUUGGAGAGUGAAAUUAGUGAUUGAUACGAAACAGUUGGAGGAAAUUUUGUCGGAAGAGGUUAAUACAGAGGCCUUGAUUGAGCAAAUGAGAUUGGCUGCAAGUUCAGCUAGUGUAACACCCAAGCGAACGAAGAUCAAUUGGGGUCAAUGGGGAGUAAAUUUGAAGCCAAUUCUCAACAAUGUGUUCAAGGGUUCUAUUGAUCAACAGAGUAGAGUAGCACGGUUACCGGAUUUCUCUAUCAGCGGUCCAAUCCAGGGGAAGGCAACCAAUGAGCGCAUUUUGGGAACAUGA